AGUUUCUUUUUUUUUUUUCUUUCUUUUUUUUCCUUCUCUCCGUUCCGCAUCUCUUUUAUGUGCGGCUGCCAUAGGGGCACAAUUGAGGGAAACACCAGUGGGUUCUUGGCUUUUCUGCUCUUUGGUUCUGGACCUUCUGGUUCUCUUCUGGUUCGGCUCGGACCGUGUCCAGUUGAUUAGACUCUUCUCAUCUGGAUGAGUUGAAGAGCCUCCUUCGCAGCGAUUCACUUCGUCUGCGCCAUCGCCUCGUCUUCAACGCCUCCGAAGCCCCUUCCGUUCGGAUGCCAACCAGGUGACCAAGUCAAAAUGGCAUCCGCCGACCCUCUUUCCAGAACCACCUCCGGCUUCUCGAGCUCCGAUAACACUUACCACUCCUUCUACGACAUCGAGCUCUUCCCUCCAGCAUCUCCUCCAAAAGACCAGCCACGGGGCCAGGAGAGUGUCUCAAGAACACAAUCUCGCCACGACGACGAGAAGAAGGAGAAUGAACCCCCUUCGUCCAUCGAAAUGAGGAGACAAGAUUCCGGCUACGAGUCCCUCCCCAGGACUUCUACCUCUUCGUCUCCGUCGUCGACCGACAAGUCGUCCACCGCCAGGUCGUCCACCGCCUCUCGUCGGUCCGCCACAGCUGCCGGACCGCGGGCUACCACCACUGCCCCCACCACACGGCCCGACCAAUCCACCCCACACUCCCGAUCCCGUGCCGCUUCCUGCCGCGGCCGCCCCGUCACGCGCCGUUCCCCUAAACCCACCCCGGCCUACUACUACUACAACAACAACAACAACUCCUACUCCGUCCGCACCCAAAACCAAUCCAGCUACAUCCACUUCCCAGCCCACCCAACCGACCUCGCCCUCGCCAACUCGAAACCGUACCCGCGCCUCGACCUCGAACCCGAACCCCCGAACGGCAGCAGCACCACCAGCAGCAGCAGCCCCGCCGUCCACCGCCCGCCCCCCCAACCCACGACGCACUACUGGACGAGCGACCGCACGCGCCGCCUCGAGUACGCCGCCAUCGACGCCGCCCACCGCGGCGUGAAGGGCUGGUGCCGCCGCCACCUCGUCCCGGACUGUUUCCUGCCGAAAGACAAGGCGCGUGUCGCUUUCGACGACGACUCGGGAAGUGUACGCCGCUAUCGUCUCGAUCUGAGCGACGACGAUGACGACGGCGGCUACUUUCGGGACGGGGCCGUGAGUCCCGUGUCGCUGCGGCCCGUGAAUCGCGGUGGUCGUGAAUAUGAAGCGACUGACGGCGAGCAGCGGGAGAAGAGGGAGGCGAAGAGGCCGAAGCUUUCUCUCUGGGGACGGAUGCGGACCUGGUAAUUGUUUUCUCUUUAUUUUUUUUGUCUUCUCCCCUUCUCCCCCCUCCACUACCCCUGUGGGGGUGGAGGGGGUCUAUGUGUUCAUGUUGCCUAGGGGAUUGAUAUCUCUGCGGGCAUUUAUGUUGGGGAAUUUUGCAUUGCGGAACACGGCAC